UCAUGUGUAAGGACUCGUAUUUGGACCAACCAGAGUAAAGAUGAAUGUCUGAUGACAUGGGGGAGAGGAGCUUAUCUGGAUGAUAAAUAUCUGUGCAGACUGUAUAAAUCAUCGCAGCAUCUCUCUGUGAACACAGCCAGAGUGGUACUUCUUUAAUCUGCUGAGAAAACAGGGGACAUCGAGCAGAAUGGAUCUGAUGGAGAUUGAUGACAGCGUCCAUUUGACAGAGGACCUCACAGCGAAGGGCCUCAUUACAAAAGCAGAUCUUCACAGAAGAAAGCCCUCCUCCAGAUGUGCCUCUGUGUUCCUGGGAGUGAUGUGUGCUCUCCUGCUGGCUGGAAUCAUUGGACAGUCUCUGUACUAUCACAUGGUCGUCCAUCCCUCGUCAGCAGAGCUGAUCCAGGCUGGAGCUGCAGAGAGAGCACACCUAGAGGUGUCACUGAAAAACCUGACAGAAGAGAAAGACCUGCUGCAGAAAAGCUACCACACCCUCAAACAGGAGAGAGAUGAGCUGCAGAAAAACUACAGAGGCCUGCAGAAGAGUUCUGAAACACUGCAAAGAGAGCAUGAUGAGACACAGAGGAACUAUUCCUCUCUGCACAGCGACAAGAACCAGCUGCAAACACGCUACACUGACCUGUAUCAGAGUAAAACUCAACUUCAGAGCAAAUACCAGUCACUGUCCAGGGACAAAGAUGCUCUGCAACUGCAUUGUAACACUCUGCAGAAGGAGAAAGAUCAGCUACAGUCCAAUUACACCAGUUUAACAACAGUUAAAGACCAGUUAGAGAAGAGGGUAGACAAAGUGAGAGAUAACCUGACUAAAGAGAGAGACCAGCUGCAGCAAAGCUACAACACUAUAGCACAGGAGAAGCAUCAGCUGCAAACGAACUUCAGUGGCAUGCAGAGGAAUCUCAACAACCUGCAAGGACAAAAGAAUGAGUUGCAGAUACAGUUAAAUGCAAUGAGAGCAGACAAAGAUGAGUUACAGAGGAGUAAUUCUGCACUGAAGGGUGAGAAGGACCAGCUGCAGAGAAGCAAAGACAACCUGCAGAGCCGAUACAACACUCUGCAGAGGGAGAAAGAUCAGCUACAGUCCAGCUACAACAAUCUGACUAACAUUAGAGAUCAGUUACAGCAGAGGGUCAACCUGAUGGACAGGUCCUGUCCAGCAGGCUGGAGCAAGUCUGAUGAGAGCUGUUUCUACGUCUCAACAACACGGAGAAGCUGGCAUGCAAGCAGAGACUUCUGCAGCUCCAAAGGCGGCCGACUGGCGAUCUUAAACAACAGCAAGAAAAUGACGUAUGUGAAAGGGUUUCUGGAGGGGGGCGUGAACGCCUGGAUCGGUCUGACUGACGAUGCGAGAGAGGGGACCUGGAAGUGGGUGGAUGGGACCAUCGUCACAACUACAUUCUGGGAGCCUGGGCAACCUGACGACUGGAGGUUAGCGGAGGACUGUGGAGAAGUACGGAGGAAAGGAGAUGUUGUGGAAUGGAACGAUGAUGAGUGUCGCAGUAAUCAGAUCUGCAUCUGUGAAAAAUCCCUGUAGUAGACCAUUAAACCACUCUACAUUUACAUGUUAUAAUCAGCAUCAUCACUGCCUAGAGUACUGAUGCAAAAACAUGUUUGAUUUUCACAUACAUUCAUUACAUAACGGCUCAGUUUUAUACUACCAGAUUUUCUUGUAGUGACUGAUUCUGGACUGUACUUCUAUGUGAUCGAUGAAUAUGAAUGCAUAUUAAUGAUUGAUCAGUAUGUUUUAUUGCAUCUGUAGGAAUAAUUUAGUGUUUUGUUGACUUUGUUGAUUACUGGUUUAGAGAAAAGUCUGCAUCUUUAAAUAAAACCGUCUGGUUCCUGUCUGUA